GCAACGCGUUCACGUGUUUGUUUGAACACGUCAUUUUAAUACUCUCAUGAUUUGGGUUCGGUCUGAAAUUGUGGGCGAAAUCAAAUCCCUGUCUUCAUCUGUCUUCCUCUCAUCUGAUCCCUGUCUUCAUCUGUCUUCCUCUCAUCUGAUCCCAGUCUUCUUCCUCCUCUGACCUGACCUCAGUCCUCCUCUCACCUCCUCCUGUCCUCACCUCAUCCUCUCAUCCUCUCUCUCACCUCCUCCUGCUCUAAAGCAGAGUCAUGUCCGGAGUCCCUGCGCUGAUUAGGAUCGCAGUUUCCCUGAAGUCCGCUCCGGAUGACGGGCCCGUGUUCUUCAAGGCGGACGGGACGAGAUUUGGCCAGAACCGAACCAUUAAACUGCUCACUGGCACCAAAUAUAACAUAUAUAUCACCGUGAAACCAGGCGCGGUCCAGGCCACAUCCAUGAAUGUUGGUGGGGUUACAUUUCCUUUAGAGCAGAAGUCUAAAGACCCCCAGGCAGUAGUGUAUUCUGCGACAUAUAACACUGAAGGGAUGGCUCACACCAAAAGCGGAGAGCGGCAGCCUGUCCAAGUGAGCAUACAGUUUACAGCAGCUGGCCUCUUUGAGACUACAUGGCAGGUGAAAUUCUACAACUACAACAAAAGAGACCACUGCCAGUGGGGCAACAGCUUCCGCAGCAUCGAGUAUGAGUGCAAACCUAAUGAGACCCACAGCCUGAUGUGGAUCAAUAAGGAAACGUUUUUGUGAGAAAUUACUAACCACUUUAUAAUGCAAAUUAACUCUUGAGGACCAAGUAGACAAAUUUUGCACAGGUACCAGCAAUAAAGAGUAAAUACACAUAUCUUAGAUAAUGUGAAUCUACAUAUCAUUCCUAAUAGUAUUUACAGUAUAAAUAUUCAUUAUGAUGUAUACUUCUGUACAUGCAGUAUCACAUGCACAAUACAUAUCCUCCAGAUCCUGUGUAAUGUUCUCAUGCCAUUGUUUGCAAAUGUCAUUUAGCUCUUUAUGUUAUUUAAGCCCUCAUUGUUGUUGUUUUUUUUGUUUUUUUGUCAAUGUUGUGUUGCAUGGUCUUUAUAUCUGAAAAAUAGAGUUGAAUAUCUGUUGAUUUAUUUGAGAGAGACAUUGUACAUUAAUUUACAUAUCUGUAAAUCUACCAGAAUUAGCCAAAUGGCGGUUUUUCAUCUGCAGUCCCUUCAUUCAUAACGCAAUAAUCAGUGUAUCAGUCGUCUAAACCAAGCAUGCCUGCAUUCUACUAAAGGUCAUAACUCAGUGACACAGUGUCCCUUCUACUGUCCAAAAGCAUGCAGGUACUAGACACACUGGCCUCACUCCAGACUCCAGAUUCACAGUGACCUUAACCUGAGUAAAGCAGUUAGAGACAGUGAAUGAUAAAUCACAAAAGUUGCAGUUAUGCAAGAACUAAACAAAGAGUGUUGUGAGAAUGACGUUUACUUCCUAAUGCUUGUUUACAGUUUUUAGAAAAUACAUUUUUACAGUACAUACAUUGCCAGAAAUGUAGCAAAGGUGGGUCAUUUUCUUUUAUUCCACCAUUGGGUAUUUUUUUAAUGUUUGAUACUGUAAUAAUAAAACAUAAUCUACAGUACAC